AUGUGUAUACGACACCACUCUCACUUUCACAGGAACCGUUUUGUCUUUGAUCAAUGCAAACCACAACCUCCCUUGGCCAUCAAAACCAUUCUUUCUCAAGUGGAGGAGCUAGCUGUGUUGAAUAACAAAAGGAAUGUGAGGAGGCUUUGCGAAGGACCCUCUCCAAAUCCUACCUCUUGGACAGCCCCGGAUGCCCAUGUUAUUAAAGUUAACUUUGAUGCUGCUUGGUUGGCAUCCUCUGGCAAAGCAAGAGCAGGUCUUAUUGCACGAAAUGCUAAUGGUGAGUUCGUGGGAGCGAAAUGCCUAUCCUUUCAAGCGGAAUCUGCGAUCAUGGCUGAGGCAAUUGCUGGUUUAGAAGGUUGCAAAUGGGCAUCUGAGCUGGGCUUAUCUGAGGCAUGGAUUGGUAGGAAAAACAAUGAAGCGACAGAUCACCUUGCGUCGCUGGCACUAUCGAGGUCGAGUCCGGAAGUCUGGGUAUCCAGGCCCCCCACCUCUCUUGUGCAUAUUGUGGGAGCAAAUUUCAUCCCACUAGAAUAUUCGCCAAAGAUUCCUUCGUCUUCUCCACUUCUCUUUCUCCCUGCAAAACAGAUCGGGGUAAAAGGACCACACCCGGGGGGUGUUGGCCAAAGGCCCUCCGAUGCCUAUGUUAGGAGAUGUGAAUUAUCUGUUGGGCUGUCCAGCUGUAACUGGGCUUCCUUCUUUAAUUUGGGCUCUUGCGUGGAGGAGGUCUUUGACUUGCCACUUUGGUAUUUUAACUUGGGCUGUCCAGCUGUAACUGGGUGGAGGCGAGCCAGCCUGCUGCUGGAGCAGGAACAGUAUGAGUCAAGGCGAUCAUGUGUGGAGCAAGGACAUGUUGGAAGUCAGCGGCAGAUGGGUAGGGAGGUUGGCGACGGUCCGCUCAUUCCUCACACCUACUGUGAUGAAAAUAACAUUCACAAGAAGCUCGAUCUUGGCCCGAACACGAUCAAUGUUCAUCAAGCUUUGAACAUCCUUGCCAGGUUCUGUGGAUUGCGCUGGUUGCUGAGUGAACAUCGGAAGGAGGCUGAUGGUCUACUCCUAGCCGAAGAUGUUGAAAGAAGGGAGCUGCAUGGCUCAGACCUUGAUAAUCUGCCAGUUGAGCGGGAGAAGUCCUCGACCAAGCUUCCUCAUUCUUCCACGAUCAAGUCUUCCGAUCAAGCGCCUCGUCAGCACGAACAGUAA